CACUCAUAUUCUUACAUGUAGCUUAUCUACCGCAGCUCAGGUGAACGAUCGACAUCAGCGGACGAAUAUUGCUUGUGUUUAUUUUUUUUAAAUUGCAGUUUUUCAUACUUUCCAAAUGAACGAGAAAAUACUUUUAACGCUCACCCUUCUAUUUGGGGUGUCUCAUUGUGAGCAACUGAACCGCCAUGUCAGACAUUAUGAACUCCUUAGCUACAACACUCAUGAGCUACAUGCCAAGCAUGAACGAUCCAGACGAUCGGUAGAUGCCUUGCAAGAAGUGGAACUUGACUUUGAGGCACACGGAAGACCUUUUCAACUGAGGCUUCGUCAAGGAGCUCCAUACAUAGCUCAUAAUCUCAUACUAGAAACAGAUGAUGGUGCUGCACCCUACAAACCAGAUUUCCUCUAUAUUGGAAACUUAAAAGAUAAGCCCAAGAGUAAGGUCCAUGGAGGUAUCACCAAUGGCAUGUUCCAGGGUGUCAUCUAUGACGAGGAUGAUGAGUAUCAUAUAGAACAAGCCAAGUACCACCUGGAUGAAGCCAGUCUCCCGGACGCAGAAUCUCAUUCGGUCAUCUACAAAGCCUCUGACGUGACACACCCUGAUAAUGGAGGGUGUGGCCUUAAUGAUCGGGUGUCUAAAUGGAUGAAUAAGAUCCAGAACUCCAGAGUCGACAACGACAAUAAGAGAGAGAAAAGGGAAGCCAACGUCAACUGGCAAAACGUCGCUCAUGGAGCCUCAGAGAACAAAUACACAGCACCCGAGCGGACCAGACGUGCCGUAUACAACAGUGAGAAUAAAGCUUGCAGUCUGUAUCUUCAGGCUGACCACACCUACACGGCACAUUACUCCAAUGAUGUGUCAGAGGUCAUUCUCAACCUCAACAACCAUGUUUCAGCUAUCAACGCCAUCUAUAUAGACACAGAAUUUGCCCAUCCAAACUACGAAACUAUCAGAGACAUCAAUUUCUUUAUCAAGAGAAUCAGGGUUAAUGGUACAACCCAACAAGCUGAUGCUUCCAAUCCCUUCCGCUUCCCUAACAUUGGUGUCGAGAAAUUUCUGGAACUCAACUCACUGCAGAACCACGACGAAUACUGCCUAGCCUACCUGUUUGCAGACCGAGACUUCAACGAAGGUGUUCUGGGUUUGGCCUGGGUUGGCUCUACUGGAAGUACAUCUGGCGGUAUCUGUGAGAAGAGUUCUAAUUUCCAAGGCGUCUAUCAGAGUUUGAAUACCGGGGUUGUCACCAUCCAGAACUAUGGUUCCACUGUAGCAAGCAAAGUCUCACACAUCACAUUCGCUCAUGAGCUUGGUCACAACUUUGGCUCUCCUCAUGACUACCCUGAACGAUGCCGGCCAGGUGAUAAUCCUAACACACGAAGCGAUGGUAACUACAUCAUGUAUGCCAGCGCUACGUCAGGAGAUAAGCGUUUCAAUGAUGAGUUUUCAGACUGCAGUAUCGCCAACAUGACCGCAGUCAUCAGGGAGAACGGAGGGUGUUUUGAUCGGAGCGACCUUCCCAUCUGUGGCAAUCUGAUUGUAGAUGGAGAGGAGGAGUGUGAUUGUGGAUAUGAAGACCAGUGCGAUGACCAAUGCUGUACAGCAGCUACAUGCAUGCUAACACCAGACGCAAUGCAGUGCAGUCCUUCCCAAGGGCCAUGCUGUACAUUAGGUUGUCAAUUUGCUAAUGUUACAUUGUGCAGGGCUCAGUCAGAAUGCAGUAUUUCGUCAUACUGUACUGGUUACAUGGCAGGCUGUCCUGCUUCUCAACCUAAGGCUGAUGGUACAGAGUGUAAUGAGCACACACAAGUCUGUGAAGCUGGGGAAUGCCAGAAAUCAAUCUGCACUAAAUUUGGUCUGGAAGAAUGUUUCUGUGCUAAUGCUGAAAACACUGAACUCGAUGAAGCAUGCCAUCUCUGCUGCCAGAAUCCAAAUAGUUCUGCUACCUGCCUCUCUAGUCGUGACAUUGGUGUGAUGCAGGACCAUGUCCGAAUGUACGGUAAGGAUGCGCAAGAGGGCACCACCGACGUCAAGGUCCUGUAUCAGAUGCCGGGAGCUCCGUGCAACGAGUACCAAGGCUACUGCGAUGUCUUCUAUAAGUGUCGCAACGUGGACUCCAACGGCCCACUCUCCAGACUCACCAACGCAAUCUUAAACCCUGAACUGUACUCCAACAUUGCCGCAUGGAUACAGGCCAACUGGUGGGCUGCAGUGCUGAUUGUCCUCGGAGUCAUCAUCUUCAUGGGUCUCUUCAUUAAAUGUUGCAGCGUCCACACUCCAAGCAGUAACCCUAACCUCCCUAAGGCUCGUAGUGUACCCGGGGCAGCCACCCUGAGACGACGACGUUCACAAGCAGGGGCUCGACCCGCUCACUCCGACAUUCCAAUGGCAUAACGCAUCAGCAAUAUAGAGCACUUAAUAGUCAAGAAUUUUACGUCAUUCAUUUCUAGGUGUAGGUUAACUCAUCAGAGACAACUUUUUCUUAUGGGCUCAGGAAUGAAUGUUUUAUACUCCUGAAGAUUUAGAAUUAAAUGAUAAAUCAAUGAUUGAUCCACAGGGUGUGCAGUAUUUUCCAUACCCUUUUGUAGCAACAAACCCGUUUGAUAUAAAUUUCAUGACAAGUGUUGUUGUUACUUCUACUUCUACGACGAUACUCAGCAGGAUCCAUAAGUCAGGAUGUAGUGCUGAGGAAUGUUAUUUUUAAUACUCAAAAUCAUCUUACGAUGGAAUAUGUGUUGUGAUAUUUCAUUCCUUCGGGUACAUUGCUAAAUUGAUUAUCUUUUAUAUAACUUGACGAGUGCUGAGCAGUAGCAUGGUCUGGUUCAAACCCAUUGGAGAUGUCUUGUUUGGAGCCGAAAGGGCAUUAACUCACUGUUCAAGGAUAGUUGGUGACCUUUUAUGACCUUUAACCCUUGUUCAGGGGGUUAAUUGAUUCAACCUUUAGUGACCUGUAGGUUUUUGUCCUGAGCUGAGACAGGAGCCGACUCUUUGCUCACUCAGCAUUGGUUUCAAAGUUAUCUCACAGUGUGAUAAAUCCCGUAAAUAAGCUUUUUAUUGAUGAGUUUAGCAUGCAUUCUUUAUCAGAGUUUUACCCCCACCAUAGUCUCUUAACAAGGGGCCAGUGUCAAGAAUUACAUCUACAUUGCUCGUGUAGUGUGCUGGAGAAUGCUGUUCCGUUGAUCAGACUCCUCAGCAGUGGGUAUACUUAUCUCUCUGAUCAGAUAAUAAUGGAUACUACAUGUAUCAUUCAUUUUAUCACCCAAGAAUUAAUGACACUUUCCAGGUGAUAUAAGAGAAUUUCAAUUUAAAAGAGACUAUGGCUGCAGUGAUUUUUUCUUUCCCAUUAGCACAACAUGGAUUAACGUUGAGGUUUUGAUGAAUAAAUGCAGUGACCCACAAUCGAAGCAUUCUCAACGCGAAAAUUCAGAAAACCAAAUAAAAUGAAAUAAAAAACAGUGUAUGAUUGCCACCCUCCACUUUUCUUGUACAAAAGAUUUGACUUUUCAUAUUACUUUAUUAAACUGUAGAUAUUUUUCAGAUAUAAACAGAACUAGCCUUGUUUGAUUUCUAAUUAAAUGCUACUUCCAGAGUAUUAUCGCUUCUUCACUAAUACUCAAAGUCUAUCAAAGUAAUCAACUUAUGUAUAAGUUUCAAUUGUCAUACAACUGCGGAAUCAUGUCAUGUAAGUGAAUAAUUGAAACACUGGGUAUAUAUUGAUUAUAAAUCUAUUAAAUGUGAUAGGCCUUUAUAAAAAAGUUUUUGAUAUUUGAUUACAAUCUAGUGUGAAAAAUGAAGGCCUGCUUGAUUUGUGACAAUUAUUCCUCAUUUUUCUGUGGAGACAUUAUUUACGCACUUACUAAUUUUGUUUAUGACAUGAAUUACUGGAAUAUCUAUGAAUAGGAGUCUUAGGUAUUUUUUGCUAUGUAUUUUAUUUUGUACAUUGCAAUGAUUUUUACAUCAUCUCAAUUGAGUUUGAAGUACUUAAGUUAUGUAAGAGCUUAAUCAUGUAAUUUAAAUUAAAUGUUAUCCACUGUGUAGUUUGUAAUGAAUUGAAGAGACUUAGAAACAUACAUUGCAAGUUUUUAUUGGUAUUUUAUGAUUUGCUAGAUAUCUAGAAAAUGUUAUUUGGUAUACAUAUGAAUAUCUGGAGCUUUCAAAUUUCUCUUCCUCUCUCUCCCUCACCCCUCUCUCUCUCUCUCUCUCUCUCUCUCUCUCUCUCUCUCUCUCUUUUUCUCUCUCCCUUCGCAUUUCAAUGAUUACCAUUGUUAUUAAGCUAUAGAAGCACGAAUCAUAUAUUUCCAUCAUUAUGGACAAAACGUGGCUCUUUCUUAUAUAUGCUUUUUCAUAGAAGUGGUUGCAUUCACAAGUUUUUUCUUACUGCUGUCCCAAAUGAAAUCAAAGCAUACUUUUAUAUAUAUAUUGUUGAAUUGAGAGAGCAAUAGAGUUUCUGUAAAAAUACAGCUCCUUCCCAGCACUUUUUCCUUCUGUUUUUCAUUCAAAUAGUAUCCUACCAAGUAGACUACCAACAUGAAAAAGAAAAUUGUAUUUGGUUCUAGUCAAUGUAUGUUUGGCAUGAUCUAGCAAUAGUCUAGUGGUAGUCUGGCAACCAACUUAGCAAUAGAUGAAACAGCUUAAUUCGUAUUGUUCCCAUUAACAGCAUGAGCAUGGUAUUUUGAACAUAUAGAGAAACAAUAAGUUUUCUUUUGAAAUAUAUCUUCUUGUUUCAAUGAUCUGUAUACCGUAUAUUCUUUCAUAAUAGAAUCAACUCUUGUUAUAUUUGUGGUGUGUGUGUUUGCUGGUAUUUGCAUAAAUAUUGCCCAAGACUAUAUCAUCUUGUCUUUUCUUCCUGUAAUUGUAUUCCAUAAUGUGUGGUUCAAAAGAAUCGUGUCGGUAUAAAGAUGUAACGUCCCCUUGAGCCUAUAGAAACAGCUAUGCCUCUCAUAGCAGUCAAUAUAAUUAUACUAGUCACAGUCAUUGUCACUGCAUUAAUAUUUAACUUAUCAAAAUUCAAAAAAUUGAUUGAUAAACAUACUUGUAAGCAAAGUUAGAGAAUGAUUUCUUAAUUCAUUUUGAAAGAAAACCAAGAAGAAGGGGGGGAUAUCAGAUACAUUUCAGCUAUCCUAACAACAAGAAAAAGAAUAGAUAAUAUAUUUGGUUGAUAGGAAAUAAUUUGUAAUUUAAAAAAAUAUAUUGAAAUAAUCAUUGAAAAACCUGUUGUGUUGUGCAUGUCUGAUAAUUGUGUUCAAUGUGGGGGUAUAUCAUGUUUUGAGAUAGCCUUAGAGCUUGAUGUAUUUUCUAUUUCAUGUGUGUAUAUAUGAAUUUUUCAUUUUAUUCUAGUCUGAUAAGGACUCUUUUUGAUGAAUGCAAUAGAUUAAUUAUUUUAUUUCUUUCUUCAAGAGUUGGGCUUAUAAUUGCCUACUUCUGCUCGUUUAACAUCUUCUAUGUUUUUUCAUAAUUCUGUUGUAUCCUCCUUUUUCAACUUGCACAAUCAAAGUUUUCAUACAUAGUAACAAUAAGUCUUAAGGUAUGUUAAACGAGUUUCACAUAAAAAAAGACACAAUAGUUCAGAAAAAGACAUAGAAAGUUAUAAUACACAAUUUCUAAUCAGUGGUAUAUUUUCAAGCUUUAGACCAAAUGAUAUAAUUUUUUGUUUUGUUCAGAUAUUCUCUUUUUAUAGCAUGUUAAUACUGAGGCUGGCACUUGCAUGUCUACGUGUAUAUCAAUAGGAUAUUGUGUGUAAUAUUUGUAAUUGUUUAAAUUAGAAUGUUGAUAGCCUGUGAUUCAAUAUUCUAUGAUGGAAUGUUUAUAUUGAAAUCCUUAUUUCUUCAAUCAUUGACCUGUCGCCAUUAAGCUUUUGUCACCACUGAUGUCCUUUGAGAAAGACAUUCAUCUAAAUCUGCCACUCUUCACCCAGGGAGAGGUGAAUGUGUACUGGGUAGGAAGAUAUUCCUUGAAUGCUUUAGCCCCUUAUCAUGGCAGCUCAGCUACAGCAUAUAUGAUACCUUACAUUAAGAGCAGUAGAGUACAUUCAUAUAAAGGUAGUAGCUGCGUUUUAUAAAUUGACCUGUCAUUACUAUUAUUAUAGAACCCAGAUGCUUUAAAACCAAAAUUGCAAUCGAUCCGAAUUGAUCUCAUGUCUUCACAUCAAUCACAAAGUAACAACGUUCCCGUUUCUUAGGUUAGAAGUUGUGACUGGUAUCAAACUCAGUUCAGUUGCGACCGAUUCAAAUGACUCGCAACAAAGUUAUAAGACAAGGCUGACAGUGUACAAAAUAUAAUUUUGAUGCCUGCAAUUUUGACAUAAAAUAGAUAUCACAUUUUUUAAAGCAAAAAUUGUGUUUACUAUGUGAAUUUUUUUGAACGACUCUCUCUGGGUUAGUGGUGACAGAUAUCAGUUAAUAUCAGUGAGGUUCUUUUGUCAGCCGUAUGAACUGAAUCAAGUUUUUAUCAAAAUAUGUGCCUUUUCGAUGAAUUAUUUCUAAGUUUGUGUCUAUUGCAUUAAAUAUCUUCUUUAUACUAUUGAUGCGCAGAAUGCAUGAUGUUAUGAAAUUGUAGUUCUUACAGGGAAAAAAAAUCAUGAAAUUUAAAAAAUGAGAUUGUAGAUAUUUAGAUUGUAUAGGUGACUGUGUAUGUAUUUGAUACUUGUGUAAAACAUUUCUUCAUUUAAAUACACAUAUUCAUUUAUGUCAUGAAUUUUACUUUCA